AUGACCCUCUCACUUAAUUUCCCUAUAGGAACCCUUGAGUUGCAGGUUUGUCCGACACCUGACGUCCGCGAGUACGUAGAUCUUGGUCUAAUAGACAUCGCGCUCGGCAAGUAUCAAGACGCCUACAACAACUUCGCCAGAGCCGCCGACCAGGAACCAACCAACAUUAUGGUAGCAAACAAUUUAUCGGUGUGCCUUCUCUACAUGGGUCGUCUAAAGGAAGCUAUUACUGUACUCCAGAAAGCUAUCAAUUCGGAUCCAGAGCGAGGCUUAAAUGAGUCCUUGCUCAUCAAUCUUUGUACAUUAUAUGAACUGGAAUCAUCAAAGACAAAUGAGAAGAAACUGAACCUAUUGAGAAUGCUGUGUAAAUAUAAAAGUGAUACCAUACCGAAUGUUCUAGAAUGUUUGAAAUUAAGUUAG